ACAGUAUUCAUCUUCAAACCUCAGACAAAGUAUUUGAAUCUGCUCAAAAUUCGAAGAAAAAGGAUAUUCACACUCAUCACUUGCUAGCUUCAUCAUCAUAAUCUCCACUGCACUUCAUCAUCCUCGACAUCUUGAACAGUAAAAGACGUCAAGGCGGGAUCAAGAAUACCAGCACCAUCUUACUUGAUAAUCUCUCCAUAGAUCAACAAAAACAUGGGGCUCCAAGCGCAACCCUACGGCAUCCAGGGAAUGCUAAAAGAAGGGCACAAGCAUCUUUCUGGUUUAGAUGAAGCUGUUGUUAAGAACAUCGAUGCUUGUAAACAGCUUUCCACCAUUACCAGAACUUCUCUUGGUCCCAAUGGUAUGAAUAAGAUGGUUAUCAAUCAUCUGGACAAGCUAUUUGUGACAAGUGAUACUGCCACCAUCGUGAAUGAACUUGAGAUUCAGCAUCCUGCAGCGAAAAUCUUGGUUUUGGCAGGGAAAGCGCAGCAGGAGGAAAUUGGUGAUGGAGCCAACCUAACAGUUUCAUUUGCAGGGGAGCUUUUACAGGGUGCAGAAGACCUCAUUAGGAUGGGACUGCAUCCCAGUGAAAUCAUCAUUGGAUACACAAAAGCAAUUAAGAAGGUUGUUGAGAUCUUGGAAGGAUUAGUCGAGGAAGGUUCUGACACUAUGGAUGUGAGGAACAAAGAUGAAGUUAUUUUAAGGAUGAAAGCUGCUGUUGCUAGCAAACAAUAUGGACAGGAGUCUAUUUUGUGUCCUCUUAUUGCAGAUGCUUGCAUACAAGUUUGCCCAAAGAACCCAGUAAACUUCAAUGUGGAUAAUGUGAGAGUUGCAAAACUUUUGGGUGGAGGUCUGCAUAAUUGUACAACUGUUAGAGGCAUGGUUCUAAAAGGAGACACUGUAGGGAGUAUAAAGAGAAUAGAGAAGGCAAAGGUGGUUGUGAUUGCUGGUGGUGUUGAUACAACUGCAACUGAGACCAAAGGAACUGUCCUGAUUCACAGUGCUGAGCAGCUUGAAAAUUAUGCAAAAACGGAAGAAGCAAAGGUUGAAGAGCUCAUCAAGGCUGUUGCAGACUCAGGUGCAAAUGUCAUAGUUAGUGGUGUGGCUGUAGGAGAGAUGGCUCUGCACUUUUGUGAGCGUUACAAGAUCAUGGUCUUAAAAAUCGCCUCCAAAUUUGAACUUCGCCGUUUUUGCCGCACAACUGGUGCUGUUGCUCUUUUGAAGCUUGGCACUGUAAACCCUGAUGAUCUUGGAUAUGUUGACUCCAUUUCUGUUGAGGAAAUUGGUGGUGCUAGGGUCACUGUUGUAAGAAACGAAGAAGGUGGGAACUCCGUGACCACUGUGGUGCUGCGAGGAAGCACUGAUAGCAUAUUGGAUGAUCUGGAAAGGGCAGUUGAUGAUGGCGUAAAUACUUACAAGGCCUUAUGCAGAGACAGUAGAAUUGUACCUGGAGCUGCAGCCACCGAGAUUGAAUUAGCCAGAAGAUUGAAGGAAUUUUCUUUUACAGAGACAGGAUUAGAUCAGUAUGCUAUUGCAAAGUUUGCUGAGAGCUUUGAAAUGAUACCAAAAACCUUGGCGGAGAAUGCUGGGCUUAAUGCCAUGGAAAUCAUAUCUGGUUUAUAUGCAGAUCAUGCAUCUGGAAACGUCAAAGUUGGUAUAGACUUGGAAGAAGGAGCAUGCAAGGAUGUGUCUACAUUAAAUAUAUGGGAUCUUUAUGUCACCAAGUUUCAUGCACUCAAGUAUGCUGCUGAUGCAGUUUGUACUGUUCUACGUGUAGAUCAGAUAAUAAUGUCAAAACCAGCGGGUGGGCCUGGAAGGAGAGAUCAACAAGCAAUGGAUGAAGAUUAGACGAUCAAGAUUUUUUGGAUGAGUUUUCUUUUCUCUUGAAGGUUUUGAAUUUGAGUACUAUCUGUUUUAGGUAGGAUCAGUGGGUGGCGAUGGUUUUAAGCUGUCUUUGUGUCGAAUUUAAGACCCUUUCUUUUGAAAAAAUAUAGAGUAAUCUACGUUUUAUCCGUAUGGUUCGUGCUA